AUGUUACGAUCAUUGAAUAUUUGCUUGCAGAUGUUUCCUUUGUUUUUAUCUCGUCGUUCGUAUUCGAUUUUAAAACAAAUCCGAGAAAAAAUCAUUACACAUCCAGUUAAAAUCGAUCCAGACAUGCAAAAGAAACUCGAACGUCUUUCUCUACUCUCCUUCCAAAACGAACAAACAAUUAAAAAAGUUGAACAGACCAUUCAUGCCUCGGAUAUUAUCCAUCAAGCCAAUGUUGAUCAUCUUGAACCUUUAUACACACCUGUCGAAACAGAACUAUGUCCUUUAAGACAACAAGAUACCGUUUCCAAUGAAGACACUUUAUCAGUCAAACAAGUUUUACAAAAUGCUACAAGGACUUUCGAGGAUUAUUUAGUAGCUCCAAUGAUUGGCAAACGGGAGUCUCAAACUGUUGAAAAAAUGUCAUCACCAUUGGUUGAUCGUCUCUUAUUGCGUUUUAAUAACGUUAAACAUCGCCUGGAAGCUCUUUUGGAAAUCUGUCGAACACAUGAAAUUGUAUGCUUAAAGGAAAACAAUGAGUACGACGAUGAAUCGUAUCGAUUAUACGGGCCACAUGAUUCAGAUAUUGAAGAAUUAGAACAAUGUAUUAUCUCAAUUUCAAGAUUAAUCGAAAAUCUUCAACAAGAACAGAGCAGUUCAGAUGAAUGUCACGAUGCAUUAAAUUAUCCUCUAUGCGAUAACGACUGGACAUUUGAAAGUAUCAAACAACUAGACGAAGACAUUUAUGACAAUCAUGACGAGCAGAGAGAAGCAACACUAGGUGUUCUGAGUCAGUUAAACAUGCUUUUAUUCAAUGAAACUUGUAAUCAAUUUUCCAUGAAGACGGCAGAUAACGAUGAGUCUGAUACGAAUCUCGAUUCUUGUACAUUAAUUCCGAAGUCAACUGCAAUUAAUCUUCUUGAUUUGCCUGUAGAAGUUCUUCUUCAUAUCUGCUCAUUCAUGUCUCCUUUUGAACUUACAACAACUCUCGCACCGACGUGCUUCUACUUGGCCAAUUUAAUCUUAUCCAAUAUUCCAAUGGAUCUCGAUGUUCCGAAACUAAUGUCUUUUUUCGAUGUCGUGCAUUUAUUCUCACAUGUCUCCUCAGUUCGUUCAGUUACAUUUACCGAUUGGGAACAGUGCGUUAGCAAUUUAACCUGGGCGAUCUGGUUUGAUAGUCUUGCUCGAAACAACCCUAAUCUUCAUACGAUACGUUUUCAUAAUAUUCUUAUCUCUCCGAUAGUGAUUUGUUUAAUUGUCGAGUAUUUUCCUCAUUGUCUACAAACCAUCAUCUUCGAUCCGCAGCGAAACAAAAACUACGAGAAAUUUGAUUUGAUUCUACCGUUACUUGGUGAUAAUCAGAUUCAAUUGAAGAAUGUCACGGCAUCGUAUCAAGUUGGAAUAACCAAUUUUGGACUUUUGCAGUUGAUUAACAAUCUAAAUACAAUUGUAGAUCUGAAAUUAUUGUAUAUUGAUAUUAUACGUGAUGAAACAAUGAAAAUUUUAUGUGAUAAACAUCAGACACAUUUGGAAAAACUUGAAAUAAAUGGAACAGAACUGACCGAUGAAUCAAUCAAUUACAUCAACCAAUGUCGUAAAUUGGAAUCAAUUACCAUUGAAUUCUGUAUCAAUCUUACUGGUUCGAAUUUUCAUUUAUUUCACAAUUUCUCUCAUUUAAGAGAAUUAUGUUUGACCAAAAUUCCCAACGUUCCUCUCGAAUCUUUCUAUAUACUCUUCGACAGUAAACAUAUUUUUCAACAUUUAAUUCUCCUGAAAUUAGACGAAUGUCAUUUCAUCGAUGACAAUUGCGUUCGCGCAAUCAUGACCAUGUGUCCUCGUCUAAUUGAUUUCACUUGUUCAUGGGCAUAUAAUCUUACUGACGAAAGUUUCAAUGAAAUCGUCAUGCGAUGUCAGCAUCUUCGCCGUUUGUCACUGUUAGGUUGUCAUCAAAUCUAUGGUUAUAUGUUGAAAGACGUUCCGGACACCUAUCUUCGACGUAUUGAGCAUUUAAAUUUCACUCAAUGCAAUCAGAUCAAAGAUGACCUUUUGUUAGAUUUACAUAAACGAAAGAAGUCAAUUAUUAUUUUAGAUUAUUAUGCGUCACUUGUUAUCGAUGAUCAUGAAUGA